CAUCAGGGAAGCUCCAUCUGACGAUAUUUAGUGUUCAGGUAGAUGCUGUGUCUGUAGAAGUGAGGUAUCUGGUCUGUGUUCAGAGAUGGAGUCUCAGAAUCAAAACCUGACCUGCAUCAUCUGUUUAGAGCGGUUCAGGGUCCCGGUGACCAUCCCCUGUGGCCACACCUUCUGUCAGAGGUGCAUCACCACCCACUGGGACACCAAGAGCAAGGCUGACAUCGGACCUCACUGCCCCAUCUGCAACGAGCCCUUUGAGAAAAGGCCCGUCCUCAAACGCAAUGUGUCCCUGUCGGUCCUGACUGAGGCUGCAAACAGCAGCGGCCCCCCCAGCAGAGAGUUGCUCCUGAGGGGGGGUGAAGCAGCUAAAGCCAUGCUGCUGUGUGAGCGCCACAAAAAGCCUCUGGUGUAUUACUGCAGGCAGGACAAGAUGUCCGUGUGCUGCGAGUGUGGCAUCUCAGAGUGUGUGACCCAUGAGAAGGUGCUGCUGGAGGCAGAGAGGGAGAACCAGGAGCUGCUGCUGGAGAGGAAGAGCAAGGAGGUGGGGAAACUCAUCGAGGAGACGCAGAAAAGUAUCAGUGAACUGGCUGAGAACAUUAACCAGGCUAAGGUGACUCUUGAGCAGACCUCAGCCUGGGUCAGUAUGAAGUUCUCCACGCUGCUGAAGGUCCUGGCUGAGAAGCAGCAGGCCACGGAGCUGUUCGUCGACGAGCAGAGGGAGGCCGCCAUCACUGAGGCCGAGGCCCGGCUCUCCGAGCUGCAGGAGAACAACCAGAGACUCAAAGAGAGCCAAGAACAGAUAGCAGCUCUGCACCACCUCCCCGACACAGAGCUCAUCAAGUUUCCUCUCUCUCCUCAGGAGUCUCUGCUCGUAGAAGUUCCUCGUUUUAAGGACGUCCCCACAGACGUGUCCCCCAACCUUCAGGACCGGUUGAAUGGGGUCACGGACGUGUUGUCCCGGGUCUCUAAGCUGGUGUCGGAGGACCUGGACAAAGCUGUGAGCGUGGCUGUGGGUCAGGACAGAGACGGUUCUCCUCAGGACAAGAGGCCGAUCCUCGCUGUGGUUCCCAGUCCAGCUGCUCCGUGUCACCCUGGGGGGAAGGAGGGCCUCAGCGCCUACCGAUGCUCUCUGACCUUUGACCCCCGUACGGCCAACGGGCACCUGUUUCUGUCCCAGGAGAACCGGCGGGCGGAGCACCUGACCUCCGGGCCCCGCCCCGUCCCAGCUCACGAGGCCCGCUUCGAUCACACCUGGCAGGUGCUCUGUUUUCAGGGCUUCACCCGAGGACAGCACUACUGGGAGCUGCAGGUGUCCAAGCCCUGGGCCUACCUGGGGGUGACCUACGAGGCCAUUCCCAGGAAGGAGAAGGGGAAGAGGUGCAUGGUGGGAAUGAACGAGCUGUCCUGGAGCCUGCAGCUGGACGAGCAUCAGCUGAGCGCCUGGCACAACGGGCGGAGGGAGACCCUGGGGGGCCACUCCCAGCACAGCCGCAUCGGGAUGCUGCUGGACUAUGAGGCGGGGACGCUGACCUACUACGGAGACGGACAGACCAGGCUCCACGCCUUCCACUGUAUCUUCACCCAGGAGCUCUUCCCCGCCUGCUGGAUCGGGGAGGGGGUCAGCAUCACCCUCUGCUCCACAUGAGGAGACUGAAGAAGAC